UUCCGGCUGCGGUCACACUAAUUAAGCCGACACGAUAAUAAUACCUCUAAAAUUGUUUAAUAUUUUGGUAAAUAAGCCUAGGAGAAUUGCAGGAGGCGUCGUGAUGAAUCAGUUCCACGCCCCCUCUUUCGGCGACGAAGUGUUCGAGUUAAACGACACGCCGGCAGAGAUUCCUAGCCAAUCCUCGCGGAGAAUGCUUAGCUUGGAUCAAUCCAUGUUGAACGACGAUAACGAGGAGGAUUGCGACACAUAUGGAGACGCAGGAGGAAUCGGAGUCCAGAGCUUGCUGGCCCAACCGGAACCGCAGUCGAUUGCACAGGCACCUCCCAAACCUCUAGCCCCCUUUGCUUUGUUUUUCCGUGACACCGUAACCGCAAUCAAACAGCAGAAUCCCUCCUGUUCAUUAGAGCAAAUGCAGGUAAUAGUGCAGACCAUGUGGGAUUCUCUGGACGAGACACAAAAGAACGUAUACAACCAGCGACACGAGCAAGAAAAGCGUGACUAUGUGCGCUUAAUGCGGGACUAUCGGCACCAGCUGUCUGAAUCGGAGGCGACAUCGGAAAUGGAAGUUCCUUCAGUCUUAGUCCCGCCUCAGCCACAAAUGGCUGCUGUUAUUCCACCUCCAAUAGUGACACCCAAGGCGGAAGUUGUCGAGCAGCCAGAGCAGUUAUUAAUUACCCAACAACCGCCACCCGACCAGAUUCAACUGCUGACUGAGGCGGCAAGGGUGCAGAAGUGUACCCGGGAACAGUGCAACAAGCCGGCCAUUAUUAAUCCGGACUGGGAGGACGAGUACUGCAGCAACGAGUGCGUGGUCAUCCAUUGCCGGAAUGUUUUUAACGAUUGGGUGCUAUCCAUGAAAGCUUCGCCAUCGUAGCCACGCCAACCCCCGCCCACCAACUGGAUGAACUGAAUCUUAGCUCAAAUAUAAAAGCUGCACUUGGAUAAGCCUGACGAGCCAGCUAUUGCCGUGCCGUGCCGUAUAUUACUCGAGAAUAUAGGGCUGAUAAGCAGUUUGCGUUACGAUAGUUAUAGUAGACCCAGUUUCGGUUCUAAUUAGAAUUUGUGUGGAGUCUGAAUAGUUGCGAGACACGCUUUGUAUGAUACGAUAAUUGUAGGAAAUAAAUCAUAGCAUUUACGCUAAAAUAAAGAUAAAACACUAUAUAUACAGUAUAUUAGGUAUGAGGACCGAUGUUAAUCAGAUUUUACUUAGUGAUUGGCUUGAAUGAUUGCAUUUAAUAAAUACUAUUUAUUGUACUCAUAUUUUAAGUAAAAUAAAAUUGAAGUUGCUUUUUUAUUAGAAAACUAUUUUGUUUUAUACUUGAAACAAAAUAUUGUUAAAUAUCCGAAUUCAGUUUCGAUUCCCAAUACCAAAAUAAGAGCUUUGCUUUAUAUGGUAACUUUUAAUAAAUACACACAUUUAUUACUCUUGCACUUCAUUAUCAAUAUAUCAAUGUAUCAAUGCCGUCGCUUACAAAAAUUCACUUUCGCUCGCAUCGUUUUAUAUGUACCAAAUAAUUAAAAUUUAUAAAUUAAUUUUUAAAAAUAAUAUGUAAAAGACGUUUCCUUGGUUGCCUUGCUGAAGUAAUGCGCCAUUGUUACGAGUACGAGUUAAAUAAACAACAGUAUAAAAAAUUUCAAGCUUAAAUAAUUAUAGAGAGAGAUGGUUUUUCAAUCAUUUUCUCAUAUAUACAGA